UUGAGAGUAAAAAGAGAUAUAGCUAGGGAAGAUGAGAACAGAGCUUGAGAUGGAGGAGGAGGAGGACGACGUGAUGCUCCCUGGAUUCCGCUUCCACCCGACGGACGAAGAGCUCGUCGGCUUCUACCUCCGCCGGAAGGUGGAGAAGAUGCCGCUCAGUAUCGAGAUCAUCAAGGAGAUGGACGUUUACAGGCACGAGCCUUGGGAAUUGCCAAAUUUUAUGAUUACGGCGGGGGAGAAGGAAUGGUACUUCUUCUGCCGGAGAGGGAGGAAGUACCGGAACAGCGUCCGGCCGAACCGGGUCACCGGCUGCGGCUUCUGGAAAGCCACAGGAAUCGACCGGCCGAUCCACGCCUCCGGCCGCUGCAUCGGCCUCAAGAAGUCGCUGGUUUACUACCGCGGCCAGGCUGGGAAAGGCACGAAGACCGACUGGAUGAUGCACGAGUUCCGCCUUCCCACUAGCGGAAUGUCCGACGCCGGCGACACCGCCACCGCCUCCGCCUCCUCCAAGACCGCUGCCAACCUCCAAGAAGCGGAAGUUUGGACGAUCUGCAGAAUCUUCAAGAGAAGCUCUUCUUACAAGAAGCAACCGAACAGCUACAAGACAUCGACGCCGACGAAGUCGCCGCCGGAGUCCAGCAUCGUCACCAAUUGCUUCGAGUCCAUCGACGACUACAUGUGCUGCACCUCCUCCGGCGGCUCGGCGAAGGAGCUGCAACUCCUUCAACGUCAAAACCACAGCGUCCUCCACGGGAACCUGAGCGGCGCCCCCGGCCAAGGCGCCCAAUCUAUCUUUCCGGCGCCGGCGAGGUCGGAUAUUAACAAUCCGGAGAUGAGCCUGAGCCCGAGCUCGAAUGACUUCAUGAGAGAUAGCAUCUGGGACGAGCUGGGCAGGAUCUCGGAGUUCCUAGCGGAUGACGGAAUAUUCCCAUUCAACGACUGUGGAUACGCGUCGUCGUCGCACGCCCUUGAGAUCGAAAACACGUUCUAAUAAUUUGCCGGAGAUUAAAAUUUGAAAAAGAAAAAUAAUUCAGCUAGACUUUGUUUUUCCCAUCUUGCUAAAUUUUAUCAGUUUAUAUUAUAUAUAGAUAGAAAAGAUGGAGCGUCCUGUCAAUCAGAUGAAAUCCAGCGGCUCAGUUGUGAUUCGGAAAACAAAUAAUCUCAAACUUGGUUUAAUUUUUGCCUGGAAAGGUCAACAUUAAUUGUACUUCGUAAUUUUGAUGGUCAAUUUUCUGCUUUGAAGACAUGGUCAGCAUCAAAGUCAACCUGGUGAAUAAUUAAUCAGCAUAGAUCAUCAGGGAAGAGAAGCUAGACUGGUAUCUUGUCGCCACAGGCCGAACUCAGUCUAAGAAAUACAGCAUGAAAUGAAGCUUCCUGUUUGAAAGAGCUAGCUAGCUUGUAGGUUUUUGUAACAAACACUACAAAACUCUAUAGAAAAUUACAGUUUCUCUGCCAAA